UUUUUUUUUUUUUCUUGAAGAAAAAAGAAAACGAAAAGUCAGCAGACGUGGUUAGUUAGUGGCCUAACCACAAGCGCCAAGAUCGAGUGUACGUGUUGGGUUCACCACAAAACUUGGAUUUCAUAACUCCCACUUACUUGACCGCACUUCUCCUUCUUCCCAUAAAACUUUGACAUUCUCAUUUCUUCUUUUUCCUUUCCCUUUUUGAUUUUUUCUCCUUUAAAUUUUACUUUCUGAUGAUAAAGAACUAAUUUUUCACCCUUUAACUUUCUGGGUCAUCUUGCUCUUGGCCCUUUUUCUAUUUGGAAGAUACACAGUGAACUAGCGUACUUUCUCAUCCCAUUUUGUCUUAUAGUUUGACAAUGGGAGGUGUAGUGGGAAAGGCUGAUUCACCUAUAUAUACACCAGAGACAAAGCUCGAGGCAAAAAUGGUUGAAGCUAUGCGACGAAGGGGAGCUGAAGGAUGUUCCAUAAAGUCGUUCAACAGCAUAAUCUUAAAAUUUCCCAAAAUUGACGAGAGCUUGAGAAAAUGUAAAGCUAUUUUUGAGCAAUUUGAUGAGGAUUCUAAUGGUACAAUUGAUCAAGAAGAGCUGAGAAAAUGUUUUUGUAAGCUGGAAAUUUCUUUUACAGAAGAAGAAACUAAUGAUCUCUUUGAGGCAUGUGAUAUCAAUGAAGAUAUGGGCAUGAAGUUCAAUGAGUUCAUUGUACUUCUCUGUCUUGUCUAUCUUCUUAAGGAUGAUUCAGCCGCUGUUCAUGCUAAAUCAAAGAUGGGGAUGCCGAAUUUAGAAGCCACAUUUGAGACGUUGGUCGACACAUUUGCAUUCUUGGACAAGAACAAGGAUGGCUAUGUCAGCAAAAAUGAAAUGGUUCAAGCUAUAAAUGAGUCAGGGGAACGUUCUUCUGGACGAAUAGCGAUGAAGCGAUUUGAGGAGAUGGACUGGGACAAAAAUGGGAUGGUGAACUUCAAGGAAUUUCUGUUCGCUUUCACUCGAUGGGUAGGAAUAGAUGACAUGGAGGAUUCAGAAGAAGGUGAAGAUAAGGUCCGACUCUAGCUGUGUACUCGAGAAUCACAACUGGAGAUUAAAUACCCAAGAAGUCAGGUUCCUACAUAAGAUAGUGUUUGCAUUCCAAUAAUGAUAAAGUUGAUAAUGAUGUGUAGGAGUAAUGCUUCGUUCCUUCUUGAAUUUGUGCUGUAAAUAGCUUCAAGAUUAGGACUCCAAAUGUAUUACAAUAAGGUGCCAUCAUACUCGUAAUUAUAAAAAAAGACCACCGUGUAUUGUAUAAUUGCAGUUCAGGAGGUUUUUUUGUUCA